AACAGAUAAAAGUAACAACUUUAUUAAAGGCAAAUACACAGUUUCUUUUGCAGCCAUAUUACCCCAGAAUUGCUUUGGAGAAUGUUUAUUAUGCUGAGUGAAUAAUUGUUGAAUUAAUGUCACUAUAACAAUAAUAAUAAUUAAGAAAACCACAGAUUAGUGGCCAAGUUUUUCCAUGCUGUACUUAUUUCUUUCUUUCUUUCUUUCUUUCUUUCUUUCUUUCUUUCUUUCUUUCUCAAUUCUGAAAGUAUGAACAAUCAAGCUGACACGUUUUAGCUCAUUAUAAUCCUUUCAUGUUAUCCCUACUUUCAUCAUAACUGAAGCCUACGCUGGAAAUUAUUUUUCUGUUACAUGCAUCUCUUUAUUUACUGACUGUGAGGCGCAGACUAGGCGGAAGUUACGUCAUAUAAACGACCCAUUGCGUGCAUGUUCAAAACAUUUGGUAAAAUCACGAUUUUAAUAGACGUUUUUAAGGUUUGUCCAGUCAAAUAGUGUGCUGCUACCAAGUUACUUGUUUUGAGCCGCUGUUACUGCGGGAUUAUGCAACUUUAACGUUUGCUCGUCACUGACGACUUUAAAUGGACGAUCCUCAUCUAAACCCGCCGUUGUAUGCCAGACUGUCAAGUUACACAAGCUUCGCAAAGUAGCCGAAAUAAACCUACCAAAACAAGAACUGUAUUUUCAAAAUAAAACGCCUCUAUUGGUGACGACGGGAGUGGCUUUUAUUUUAGCGAACAUAAACAGGAAGCGGCGUUGUUGCUCCAGCUAAUGUCCAUGUGAUGUUCAGACUGUAGGAUCCGUGGUGCGGCGAGGCUCGUCCGUCUGUGGCUACAUGAGUGUCAGUCUCCACUGUGACACAGUCGCCACCAAAAACGCGUUUCUCUGUUUGCUAAACGGACGCGCUUGACCGUGCGGUACCAAUGUAGCGCGAGCAGUUCGUGAACUCCUCCGGACUGCAGUCAGUAAUCCCAUAAAUUCAUCUGGAUGCUGCUGACUGUCACUUGGGUGGGGCUGACGCGGAUGACGGCAGAGCUCCGGGAUAAACCAACCCGCACAGGAACGUUUUGAAGCGCCGUGGGCCGUGGGUCGGUCGUCGGGUGAAGCCAUGACCAAGCCCGAGUCGAGGAGAAGCGGCGCGGCGGCGGUCAGCGCCACUGGCAAGGGCUCCUCCGCCGCCGCAGAGCAGGUGAACAACGGCGCGGUGGAUCCCGGGUGUCCGGAUCAGAGCGGCCCAAUAAAAGCCAAGGUGAUGAAGCAGAUCUCCAGGGACAGUCUGCACCGCAGGAACACGGAGUCUGAGGUCUAUGACGACGGGACCAACACCUUUUUCUGGCGAGCCCAUACUGUGACAGUGCUGUUCAUUCUGACCUGUGCUCUAGUCUACGUCACUCUGUUGGAGGAGACUCCUCAGGACACGGCCUACAACACCAAAAGGGGGAUUGUGGCCAGCAUCCUGGUGUUCCUCUGUUUCGGAGUGACACAGGCCAAAGAUGGACCUUUCACCCGACCACAUCCAGCUUAUUGGAGGUUCUGGCUUUGUGUCACCGUCGUCUACGAACUGUUCCUCAUCUUCAUCCUAUUUCAGACGGUGCACGAUGGACGACAGUUCAUGAAGUACAUUGACCCCAAACUGGGGGUGCCCCUCCCUGAGCGCGACUAUGGAGGAAACUGCCUCAUGUACGACUCAGGGAACACUACAGACCCUUUCCACAACAUCUGGGACAAGAUGGACGGAUUUGUUCCAGCUCACUUUCUGGGAUGGUACAUCAAGACUCUGAUGAUUCGGGACUGGUGGAUGUGUAUGAUAAUCAGCGUCAUGUUCGAGUUCCUGGAGUACAGCCUGGAGCACCAGUUACCCAACUUCUCAGAGUGCUGGUGGGACCAUUGGAUCAUGGACGUGCUGGUGUGCAACGGUUUGGGCAUCUACUGCGGCAUGAAGACUCUGGCCUGGUUGUCCAUGAAGCCCUACCAGUGGCAAGGCCUCUGGAACAUUCCUACAUACAAGGGGAAGAUAAAGCGUAUAGCAUUCCAGUUCACACCGUACAGCUGGGUGAAGUUUGAGUGGAAGCCUGCAUCGAACCUCCGUCGCUGGCUGGCUGUGUUAGGCAUCAUCUUCAUGUUCCUCUUGGCGGAGCUGAACACCUUCUACCUGAAGUUCGUGUUGUGGAUGCCUCCUGAGCACUACCUCGUGCUGCUCCGCCUCGUCUUUUUUGUCAACGUGGGAGGUGUGGCCAUGAGGGAGAUCUACGACUUCAUGGAUCACCCGAAGUUCCACAAGAAGCUUGGCCAGCAGGCUUGGCUGGUAGCAGCAAUCACAGUCACUGAGUUCCUCAUAGUCGUCAAGUACGACCCCAAAACCAUCAUGCUGCCCAUCCCCUUCUUCGUCACACAGUGCUGGUUGUUAGGAAUCCUCCUCAUACUCAUCUGGACCCUGUGGAGGUUUUUCAUCCGUGACAUCACACUCCGCUACAAAGAGACCCGCCGGCGCAGGCAGGAAGUCCCCACUGACUGGGACCGGCCUCUGGGCAACGGCAGCACAGCGACGCCAUCGGGGCGAAGCAAACUGAACGGCAGCUCUGAGGCGCUGCGGCAGAGGAAGUCCUGAGAGGAAGGCGGUCACAUAGUCUGCAGCGACUGAAGGGGAGAAGGACACGGGUUUGAUGGGGGAAAAAAAAAUAAAAGAGAAGAAGAGACGCGUAGAGGCAACCAGACGGACACACACAUGCCCCCGUAGAUCGUUGUUGUGCCUACAUGAACCAGGUAGAAAUUAAACAGAAGCAAUGAGGGGGAGGGGGGGUUUGAUUUGCUGCAUUGUGUAGUUGUCAUACUACAGGGAUUUACCUCAUUCUACUUUUUAACGAACAUUUUGGGGAGUUGUACACAGGACAAGAUACAUGUUUGUGUUAUUUGUACAUUAUUUAGAAUUUUGGGUGACGACGGGGAAAAAGACAAAACUGAAUCAAAGGUGAGGAGUGGUGGAAGGAGUAGAUGGGAAGUAGAUAAAUUGACCAAUAAUCGACAGUAGUUUCCAUUUCUCUCGGCUGCACUUUGUCUUAGAAAACGAGACGAGCGUCAGGAACAUAUCUGCCUCUGUAAAUAUGCUUAGUUCUGUGCUGUGCUGUCGCAGAAGUGCCGGUGAGAAAAGGCAGAGCGCCCGGAGCAGUAACAAGUUCCUGCACAUGUAAGGACUGAUCUGAUUCCAAUUAUUGUCCACUGCUAUGCAACCCUCAGCAUCAACCUGGGACUUGGGGCACUUUGUCACCGUGGAGCGGUUAAAACUCGGUUCAGUUCUCAGAGGAAAUGACACUUAAUUAGCUGGGUGAUUUAAAGUGGAAUGGGUCCCAGGUACGUGAUGCUUUGUUUACAUGUGGGAGACAAUGAUCAGUUCAGGCUUCAUUCCUGGAAGCACUGAGUCUCCCUCAGUAUGAUUCAGAGAGGAAAACCGCUCAAAGCCUUUCACUCCUCUCUGGCUGCGUUCUUGUAGAGAACACGGAGUUUGUUUAGAAACUAAAAAUAAAAUCAAGAUGUACCAUUUCCUAGUUAUUUAACUGGUUAUAUUAUACGUGCUAAAUAAGAUAAUAGUUUGGGUUCUUUUGUAGAUGUUUUUUAUUGUUUUAUUUUCACUGUUGAUAUUUCUUUAGGGUCGGCUGAUUAUAAACACUAGUUUUGUGAGAUGAGAAACCUGCAGCGCUCUAACGAACACAUCCAUGACAAUCACAACUUCUCCUCUGAUGUUGGCUCGCGGUAACGCAGCGCGCCGCCAGGCGUCCCUCCGCUCGAGUCGCAUCAGAACGUGAACUUGAUUGAUGCUCGAUUUCUUAAUGUUUUAUUAUUACAGAAAUGUCAUGUUACGUGUUGGUUAAGUUUCCUAAAAGAGAAAGAAGAUCAGGUUGAGAGGAGGGAAGCGAAGGUUCAGGGUGUUUUGGUUUGGGAAGAGAACCAUCGUUUUUACUAUGGGGGUCGCCAUAUUGCACACGCAAUCAGCCAAAGCUUAAAUCUCAUUCCUGCUAAAGCCAUAGAUGCCACCCAGACCCGCCUGAGCCUCGCAAACCGCCGGUAAACCUCACUUUGAUUCCUCUUCACCUUACGUUCGAGGACAAGCUGCGUAUGCGUACAGUGUCUGUGUUAGAAAAUGUUUCCUGGAGGGGUCUGAAACCAAAUUCACUGGAACUGUGACGUUGUCGAAACUUCUCAUUUUCUGUCUAAAUGUAUGAAACCUAUGUAUCUGUACCAGUAACAGAGUUGCUAAGAGUAGAGCUGCUUGGACCUAGUCAAUAAGUAAUUUAUUAACCGUUGUUGUAAUGAUUCAUUUUUCAAGCAUUGCCAAACACUCUCUUUCUGUGGCUUCUCAAGUUUGAGACUUGAUGCUUGAGCAAACUAAAUUUGUUUUGGGUUUAAGUGGACAAAACAAGGAAUUUGUAGACUCUGCGUUAUGAUUAGAUUUCUAAUCAGCACUGUUUUCUCGAUUUGAUAUCAUUCAACAGCUUAAUCUAGUUACGUUGUUAAGCGCAGCUCUGGUUAAAUGUUCAUAAGAUUCCUAAAGGAGACCAAAAAUUAGCUUUACUCUGGAAAAAAAAAAUAGUCAAACUGAAAACAACAGUAUGUUCUGGCCUCACUUAUUAAAACACCUCUAGUCUUUGUCCUGUGGUUGUCAGAGAUCAGUUGUACGUUCCUGUGUUACUUGAUGUGUUCCAGUGACGUAGAUGACAUCUGUGAACCUAGCUCCAACCUCUGCUGUAAACUAGGCUGAUGUUCGGUGACACUAUAGUGAUUUUCUUGUGAAUGUAAUCCAUCAGAAGCUGUUGUUCAAACGAGAGGGUUUGAUCAUCUGUGAUUUUUAUUUUGCCGCAAACACUAAGUUGAAGCUUCUGUGAGGCUCAUUUGCAAUUAAUCCCUUCAGUUUCUCACAUUAAUACGGUGAUUGCUGUGCAAACUUUAAACCCUACAAAUGUUUAUCUGAUGUUACAAAGUCUGUUCUCGUUAUCCUGUGAUGUGCUAAUGCAGUUAUAUUUUUCUUUCCUUGAAUGAAAGCUUUUUAGACGUGAGCUGGACAACUAGGUCUAGACUUACACUGGGGUCAAAAACUGAAAACUCAAACCAACCCAAGUCAUGAAUUUGCACAUCAGCUCUGAAACCACAAAAUGGUGAAUUCUCAAUCUUAAAUUAACUGUAAAAACCAAAUGGGAAUUGGCCAAAAACAACCAAACAAAACGAGAUCUUUUCCUUUAGUGUUUGAGGGUUCUGUGUAGUAUCACUUGCAGCCACGUGGGGGCGGCAGAUGUUGUCUUAUCUUUGCCCUGUGAUCACUGACAAAUAAAGGCCGCUUUGGUUUGUAUAAAUGUGAACAUGUUAAGAUCAUUUAAAAACUGAAAUAUGCUGCUGCGUCACAUACUUUUAUAAUGUUUUCAAUAAAAGCAACUGAAAACCCUGAA